ACACAGACAUGAAUACAAGCAUGAUUUCAGUGUACGGUGUAAUCUUUGCUCGCUAGUGUGUAGCCACUUAGUUUUUUCAUCAGUGGCGUCACAAAAAAUUUUAGGACACGGGAAUAAAAAAUAGCGUUAUUGAUAUACGGGCCCUUCGUGGCAUAAAUAUUGGUACGGCAAUGCGACUGGGAAUCAACCUUAAUGUUCUGAACAGUGAACUCACCUACAUGGAUAUUCACCUCCAUGUAUUGAUGUAUUUCUUUCUCUGUCUCUCUCACUCAUGUGACGUGACUGUACUGACAAGGACAAGAAUACACCAAUUUCGUUUCUCUCUCUUUCAGUUUUUUUUGUUUACAGCACAUUUUUAGCUUCAAGUUGAUCAACAACCCGGUGCAUUAAAUCAACAAGUCAACAAGUCGUCAAGUGGCUUCUACAAUAUGGUAAACCUGCACAUUAUUAUCUAAUAAAAGGCGUGAAGGCAGUGUCAGUGUCAUAGAGGUUACCUUCCUAAAAAAAAUUUAGAAGAUUAAAUUAAGGUUUAUAAUCAACAACUUGAAUUUAAAAAAAUGUUCAUGUUGACAUUUUAUCAGAUUUAAUUAACAAAAAAAAAUAAAUAACAAUGUGGUGUAUAAAAGAAAAAAAAAAUAUUGAUAAUUUUUAUAAUAUAAAACCUGGUGAUAAAUUUAAAAUUGGAAGAAAAGGUACAGAUAUUAUUCUUGAAAAUGAUGGUUCAAUAUCACGUAUGCAUGCUUUUAUUGAAGUCAAAAAACAAGAUGAUAAUUCAACAAAAACAAUUUGUCUUUUAACUGAUGUUGGAUCAAGAUAUGGUACCCAAAUAAUUGGUGAUAAUACUAUAAAAUUAGAAGCAAAUAAACCACAAGAAUUAAAACAUAAUGAUACUAUACAAUUUGGUCUUGAUCAAUAUUUUUUUCAAGUUGAAUAUUUACCAUUUGUUGUAUUGACAUCUGGUCUAAGUAAAGAUGACAAGAUUCAAUUGAUGGAAAUACUUGAUAAAGUUGGUGGUACUAUUUGUAAUCAAUGGACAUCUCAAUGUACACAUUUAACUGUAUCAGAAGCUAAAAUGACACAAAAAUUAGCAUCAUGUUUAGCAGCUGGUGUACCAAUUGUAACUAUUAAAUUUUGGCAAGCUGUUAAAACAUCAGAAGAACAAGGAAAACCACUACCAAAUAUAUCUGAUUAUUGUCCAGAGCUUGAUGAUCAACUGUUACGUCCAGAUAAUGUUAAUCUUUUACCAUUAUCUCAAAGAAAAAAUGUAUUUAAUAAUUUGUUAUUUAUAUUUUUUCUCAAAAGACAAUAUAAUAUUUACAAAGAAAUGAUAACAUUAGCUGGUGGUGAAGCGAUUUGGUUUAAUGAUCGUGAAAUAAGUAAAGAUGAAUUAUCAAAUAAGAAUACAAUUUUAAUACAAUUUGAUCAAAGUGAUUCACAAAAUGAAGAUUAUAAAGUGCCAAAUUUUUCGACACUUGAAAAAUUUUAUAAAAAAUUAGAAAGAAGACUUAUUCCAGAGACUGAUAUACCAAUUGCCAUAUUACACUGUUCUGUUGAAAAAUCAUGCAAUCCAUAUUACAGUUAUCAUGAUUUAUUGAAGAGAAGAAAUGAUGAUAAUUUAAAAUUAAAUGCUUCAAUACUUGCUGUAGAUACUCAAGAUGUUGGAGGUGUUAAAUUAUCUAAAAAUUCACGUAUUGUUCCAGAAUCAAUUGAGCUAUCAACACAAGAAAUUGAAAUGAAUAAUAAAAAUAAAUUAAAUAAUGUAAAUGAUAAAUCAGCAUCUGGUACAUCAAGUGUAUCAAAGAAAAGACCAAUUGAAGAAGAACAUAGUAAAUUGGCACCAAUUUUUAAACGUUCAAAAAUUCAAACAAAUGAUAAAACUACUGAAGAUUCACAGAAGAAUGUAUCUCAAUUAAAAUCGAAAAAUUUAGAAGAAAAUUCUAAUAAUGAAGACAGUAAAUUAAAAGAAUCUCAAAAAGUUUUUUCUAUUAAAAGAAAAGAAAAUGUUAUUAUUCCUGAAACACUUGACGAAGAUAAAAGCAUGGAUGAUUCAAAUCAAAGUCCAAUUGAAGAAUCAUCAUCAAUGGAAGUAAAUGUCAGUAAAAAAAGAAAAUCACAAAGUGUUGAUGAUGAUGAUGAUAUUAAUUUUACUACACCACUUAAAAAAAGCAGAGAUUCAUCAAUUUUUGAUAAAAAUAAAUUGAAAAAAAUUGAUGAAAAUAUUGAAGAUUGUUCCAAGAUAAAUACACCACAGAAAAAACAAUCCAGUAUCUUACAAAGUAACAGUGAUGAAGAGCCAACUGUUACCAAAACAUACAAAGAGCCAACAAUUAUUGAAAAUAAUAAAUCAAAAUCAACUCCAAGUUGUUCCAAAGACAAUAGUAAUCAAAAUAAAAAAUCUAUCAUACCAGAAAAUGAUAGUAAUGAAGAAACACCAUUAAAAACACCAAGAAAAAAUAAAGAUUUAUCAAUUGUUAAAAAUAAAAAAUUGAAAAUUGAUAAUAAACUUUCAGAGAGUUCUAAUAAUAAUAAAAAAUCAAACAUGUUAAAUACUGAUGAUGAAGAAGAAGAAGAGCCAUUUGUUAAUUUACAAAAAGAAAUUAAAAAAUCACCAGUAUCAGUACGAGAUGAAGAUGAAUUACCAUAUGGUGAUUAUAAUAAUGAAAUAUCAAAAGAUAUAUCUCGUAAAAUAAAAAAUAUAAAAAUUAAAAAAGAAGAAAAUGAUCAUUCUAAAAUGGGAACAAUUUGGGCAAACAUAAGUCGUGUUGAUUCAUAUAAUAUGAAAAAACGUUUUAUGUCAAAUCGAUCAACAGUUGAAUCAACAAAACCAUUUAUUGUCUGGCAAGCUGUACCUUGGAAAACAUAAAUUUUUUUUUUUUUGUUUGUCAAUUUGUACGUUUACAAAUAAUUUGUCCGUUUAAUAUUAUUUUUUUAUUUCAUAUUUUCAUUGUUAUGCAAAAUAAAAUUUAAAUAAAUACAAAA